GUUACAGCACUGAGCCGUGUCAGAGCCAGGCCUGCAUCCCCCUGGCGCGGGUUCGGAGGGUCGGUGGCACCCCUGACCCCUGGCAGCAGCCGUGGCCGUGCAGCUGGGUUGUCCCACGUGCGCGGUGCAGGUGCAGCACCGCUGCUUCCUUUGCACCUCACUAAACACGAGCGGGGCGGGCAGGUAGGCGCUGGAGCACCGCCCGCUCGUGCCCGCGGGCGGCCUUGUCCCGCCAUGGCGGGGGUGGGUGCCGGCUGCUGGGCUGCCCUGUGCCUCCCCACGGGGCCAAGGGGCAUCCAGGGAGGGGCGGGCUCCCCCCACUGAUAAGUAGCCUGUCCCCGCAGUGUCCCUGCGACAGGCUCUGGCGCUGCCGGCACGUCCCAACAGGGCCAUGGCGGAGGAGAUGCUGCCGGCAUGGGCGGCCAUGGGCACCGCUGAGGGGACUGAGCCCGACGGGGAUGCCAUCCGGACCCUCAACACCCUGCAGACUAACGCUAGCUACCUGGAGCAGGUGAAGCGGGAGCGUGGUGACCCCCAGGCCCAGCUGGAAGCCAUGCGGGGCUUUUUGGAGAGGAGCGGGCUGAAGGUCGAGGACCUGGAUCGACUGAACAUCAUCCACGUCACAGGGACGAAGGGCAAGGGCUCGGCAUGUGCCUUUACCGAGUGCAUCCUCCGCAGCUAUGGGCUGAAGACAGGCUUUUACAGCUCCCCUCACCUGGUUCAGGUGCGCGAGCGGAUCCGUAUCAACGGGCAGCCCAUCAGUAAGGAGCUCUUCAGCAAGUACUUUUGGCUUGUGUACAACCGCCUGGAGGAGACCAAGGACCCAGCACAUGCCAGCAUGCCAGCAUACUUCCGCUUCCUCACCAUCAUGGCCUUCCAUGUCUUCCUGCAGGAGAAGGUUGACCUAGCAGUGGUGGAAGUUGGCAUUGGUGGCGCCUAUGACUGCACUAACAUCAUCAGGGCGCCGGUGGUGUGUGGGGUCUCCUCCCUGGGCAUUGACCACACCAGCAUCCUGGGUGACACCAUGGAGAAGAUCGCCUGGCAGAAGGGUGGCAUUUUUAAGCCUGGUGUGCCGGCGUUCACCGUGGCACAGCCGGAGCGGCCACUGGAGGUGCUGAGGGACCGAGCCCAGGAGCUGGAGUGUCCCCUCUACCUCUGCCCAGAGUUGGACAACUUUGAGGGGGACCACCAGGUGCUGGAGCUGGGGCUGGCGGGUACCCACCAGCGCUCCAACGCCGCCCUGGCCUUGCAGCUGGCACGGACCUGGCUGCAGCGCCGCGGCUGCUGGGGUCUUGGGGAGCUGAAGGAGGUGCCACCAGGUGCCGAGCUGGCGGGGAGGCCAGUGCCGCUGGCGCCUGCCUUUCGACCCACCGACGCCAUGAUCCAAGGCCUGCGGGACACAGAGUGGCUGGGCCGGACCCAGGUGCUACCCCGCGGCCCCGUGACAUGGUACCUUGAUGGAGCCCACACCACCAGCAGCAUCCAGGCCUGUGUCCGCUGGUUCCGCCAGGCUGCCCUCAACCAGGACAAGCCCCAUGAUGGCUCCGAGGUGCGCGUGCUGCUCUUCAAUGUCACGGGGGACCGGGACACGGCGGCGCUGCUCAAGCUGCUGGUGCCCUGCCACUUCGACUAUGCUGUCUUCUGCCCCAACUUCACAGAGGUGUCAAUGGCUAGCAACAUGGACCAGCAAAACUUCAAUGUGACGCUGGAGAACGCCCUGACCCGCUGCCUGGAGAAUCAGCGGACGUGGACCCGUCUGCUGGAGGAGAAGGGGGGGCAGGACCCCUGGCUCCCGGCACCACUGCGGGUGGGGGGGCUGCUGCAGCCAGCCCCUGCCCGAGGGACCCUCCUCCUGGUCCCCCCGGCCCCACGACCCCUCAAUUCCCCAGCCCUCGUCUUCCCCUGCCUGGCCCAGGCACUGCGGUGGGUGGCACAGGGCCGGGACCCCCAGCUGGCAGCACCCACCGCCACAGGGGCUCACCCCCACCCUGCUGCCAGCAGUGGGGCCGUGCUGCUGCGGGAGGCGGCUGCUGUCCGUGUCCUGGUCACCGGCAGCCUGCACUUGGUUGGAGGGGUCCUCCGGCUACUUGACCCUACACUCUCCCAGUAAUGGGCGGGGGACAUGGCUUUGCAUCUCUUUUUACUUGAAGCACCGGUUCUGCUCCCAGUGAUGCUCGGAGGUGGCCAGGGGAGGUUGUGGGACCCCCCAAGCCAUCCCAGUUCGGACCUUUUCACCCCAGUGCCUUUUGCCUGUGCCCCCUCAGGGGCACUGACCAUGGGGGGGAUGCUCCUGGCCCCCAGCUCACCCUGGUGAGACCAAGUGGGGGAGCCCUUGGGCUCUGGGGGGGCUGCCCUAGGCCGUGCCAGGGUCCUGGUGCCCAGUGGGGUGGCCAGUUCUGGGGGCAAAGUGAGUGAGAGCCCCAAGCUGCAGCAAGGCUCAGCAUCAGUGUGUGACUAAUUUAAUGUAGGGAAGAUUUUUAUUAUUAUUAAUAAGAGUUUGUAACUUGGUUGGGGAGCUGGGGGGGAUGGUUUCUGCCCAUUGCUCUGUGGUGGGGCGGCAGCCUCGCACCCCCUCCCCAAUAAACUUCUUGCUGCUUCCA